AGUAGUAGUAGUAGUAUACAAGAGACCAGUGGUUACACUCUAUAAUAUGGAAGAAAAAUGUAUAUAAAUAUCGUAAUGUCCUACGGACGGCCAAGCGACCGGAAGUGCUUCUUAAAGAACUUAAGACGCUGGUGGAGUUGUCCCUAGCCACACCCCUCCACGACCACACUGUGUGCAGGGUGCCUUUAGAGCUGGCCUCGACCAUCCUCACAGCGGGAGAGAAGUGGUUGAGUCGACAGAUGACGGAGGAGAUCAUUGUGACUCUGGCACCGCUGCUGGAGAAUAAUCAGCCCUCUCCUGAGAUCUGUCAGUUCUUCAGCCAACACUGCACUGACAACCCUCGUUCAUGCCUCGUUAUUGACAUGUUCACCCCCAUAAUUAAGAGGAUACUAAAGCACAAUGUGGACUUUGGAAAAUACCCUUAUGUGCGUCGUUUUGUGCAAGACUACAUCCAGGCACUCAAUAGCCAGAAUGAUGGGCGCAGAGUUGUGCAUGAGUUUGUACACAGCAUGCAUGGGCAAACCAGCACCUGCCCUCAUCUGCGAGUCUUACCGAAUCUAGUGGCUGUGUGCACAGCAGCUGUUUGUGUGCUUGUAGCAGAACAGAAGGACCAGGAGCGUCUUAACUCCCUCAACCAGACUGCCGAAGAGACUGCCAACAACCUAAGCUGCUACCUGAGUGUCCUUAAAAAAAUCUGCGAGUACGAUGACUGGAGACCUGGCCUGGCACAGCUCCUGCAACCUAUUCCCUUUCCUGAUGUGGCUCUCGCAGACGAGGAAUUCAUCAGACAAAUCCUUCCAGUCAUCGAGCAAAUUGGGACUGACCCACGAUGUGAAGUCCAUCAAAUGGUGCUAGGGACCCGUGAUGACAAGGAGGGAUGGCUGAGUGUCCUAUGUCCUUCCUCUCUAGCCUGUGUUGAUGAAGGUUCAGCCUGGGCCUCAAUAUUGCAGAUGCUUAUUUCAUGCUGCUGCAAGAGAAAGAAGUUCCUAGGAAUGUUGGUCAAGUCUCUGGGUGCGUGUAUGUUGCUGGCACUCCGAGGGAAUGUCACUGCUCAGGAUGUACUUUGUCUAAUGUUGGAGUGGAAACUCAUUGAAGGUUCUGACCAGAGCCUCCAGGUGGUGACGACAUUACAGUCAACACCCACAGGAAAGAGACGCUACCAGGCUCUCUCUGAUCGCCAGAUGCAUCUCAGGGAAUUGCAACAGAAGGGCGGUCCCAGGAAGCUUACACUCCCCAGUCGGAGCACUGAUGCAGAUGUCAACCGUAUGCUGUCUUCAGGCUCGUUUGGAAACUUAGAAUGUCUCUCCUUGGCUUUUACCCGUGUCACCAGUGCCUGCGCUGAGCAGCUCAUCAAACUACCAACCCUCCGCUACCUCAAUCUCUGGGCCACACAGUUUGGUGAUGUGGGACUGCAGCUUAUUUCGGAGCAUCUUCACAAGUUACAAGUUCUUAAUUUAUGUGAAACUCCUGUCACGGACAAAGGCCUUGAAGCUUUAGCAGCCAUCAAGAGCUUGAGAAAAUUAAACCUUAAUAGUACAAGCCUCUCUGUGGAGACAUUUGAAACACUAAAAGAAAUGCUGCCAUCUCUUCUGGAGGUAGAUGUACGAUAUACAGAUGCUUGGUGACCCUCGCCUCCCUCUGCUGAUGCUCUUGACGUCAGCAGAUCACCAGGUGGACCAACUGCUUUUCUCAGACGCAUCCUCAACCAGCUGGGGCGAAGAAGGAAGGAGAGAGACAGAAAGCAAGACUCUCCGGUAAAAGAGAAGAAUAACACAAGGCGAGACUUUAUGUGCUUACCUAGGUUUGAUGGGAAAGUUCUUUCCAAGAAGAACUGCUUAGUUAAAGCAAAAAGUGAAGAACAAAAUACUAUCAGAAGGAAUCUCCUCGUCAGGGCUAAAAGUGAGGAACAAAGCACAAGUAAUGUUCUUGUCAGAGCUAACAGUGAAGAACGGAAACCUCCAACACAAAAUGUUCUCGUCAGGGCCAGUAGUGAAGAACAGACCGCCGUCACAAGAAAUGUGCUCGUUCGAGCCAACAGUGAGGGUAAACGAUACAAGAUAAGCAAUCUUCUCUGUGAAAGACAACGUGCUAUUGCUAGCCAGGAAACUGUGCAUUACAAAGAUUAGCAUUUGAUACCUGAGCCUCUGGAAAAAAUGUACAUGUAAUAUUUAAGUAUAUAUAAUUCAUAUUGAAUAAUAUGGGAAACAAAACUGAAGUAUUUUCUAGUAAAAAUAGUUUUUCAAAGGGUACCAAAUGUUGAAUAAUUAAUUGUGAAUAUAAUGCAAGAAAAAAUAUAUAAGAUCAAUCUCUUUAGAAUUAUUAUUUAAUGUUAGACGAUAAAUGUUUUAUUUUAUUUACUAAGUUAAACAGUAACUUAUCUUUUAGAAAUAAAGCUUUAUCAUAUCAAGCAGUAGAAGAUUGUUCAUCAGCUGAAAAAUGUGUUUUUUUUUUUAUUUUUUAUUUAGUUACAAUAUUUUAUACAGUUCGUGUGCACAAAAAUACAUACAACACACACACACACACACACACACACACACACACACACACACACACACACACACACACACACACACACACACACACACACACACACACAUACACGCACACACAUAAUAAAAAAUGGGUAUUAUAAAUUUGGUGAGAGGUACAAAACAAAUUUAUUUGGAUGCAUUGAAAAAAAACUGAAAGUGCUAAAAAGGAAGAACAACAAAUCAGAAUAAAGCACAACAUUGCUGGCACUGUUGAUAGUAAAGGUGAACUCAACAUUUAAACAUUGGUAACAAUUCCUAAAAGAUUUAUACAAAUAAUUUUUUUUUUUAACUCUUUCAGGGUCCAGACCCCCGAUCUGAAACUUGUCUACAGGGUCCAAGAAUUUAAAAAAAAAAAAAAUUAUUUUAAUGAAAUGGUAGAGAAUCUUUUUCUGAAGGUAAUAAAACAAAAAGUAUUUAAUUUGAUGGAAAUCUGACAAAAUUAUACGCAAAUUUUGCUGCAUCAACGGUAUUCAUGCAUCAGCGAUUUUGCCCACUUUGACUCCCAUUUUAUGCUAAUUACAUUAUUCCAGUCAACCAAGUUCUUAGCCAUUUUGCUAGUAUUACUUCUUUUUUAUGGAUUGAGAACAAGAAAUCGCUCAACCAACCAUUUCAACUACUCAACAGAGUGAUUGGAAAUUGGUAAUUUAGCCAAUUUUACACAAAGUUCAAAAUAUUCCUGUUUCAAAACAGGAUCCAGAAUAAACAAUGCAGACAUUCCUGGCACUAAAAUAACAUUUCCUCUGUUUAUUAGUUACAUCUCCAGGCUUUACAAAUGAAUUCCAUUUUGAUUUUUUAUUCACAUAAUGAAUUUUUAUUCACACCAAAAAAUAGAAGAUUUACUGUUAUGCAAUAUUGUAAUAAUUGUAUAUAUAAUAUCAGCACAUUUGUGAAUGUACAUUAGACCCACCAGCUGACAUGUAUUGGAUGUGUGACGAUCAUUUGUUUACUCUGGAACAUCAGCAAAAAUCGAACAUUUACACUACUUUGAGCUCAGUUUCAAGCCAUUUUCAGUACAAAAACCAAUGAAAAUCAUCGCUAUUUCUGUAAUAUAUCUUUCAAUCUAUCAAAUGUGACCAAGAAACUGCAAAUACAACCACAAAAAGCAUGCAAAGUCACUGUUAUAAUCCAAAAAUACGGCUGCAUUUUUUUCUCAUUAUGCACUGCAUGCUGCAGGAUUUGUUUCAUAUGCUGCACACUUACCACAUAGAUGCAUUCAUAUCAAGGCCCAAAUUUACAGUUCACAGCUUAUCUGAGCGAGCUGAGCUCAUGGCGUAGUACCCUCGCUUCACAGCUGUACAACUAUGGAACACACCCUCAUAGGAUUAAAUCAGUAUCUUUUUCUUUUCAGAUUUUAGGCAGGGUAUAAUUUUUUAUUACCUGUUGCACAUAAGCACUGUUUUUGAGCUCUUUUAUAACUAACUUGAACCCCUCUAAUGAGGUUCUUUGAUGCCAAUCCAAGGACUCAGAUCUGUUCUCCUCUUCUGUGUACUGAACCUGAUUGCCUCCUAUUUCCCUAGGCACUGUAUGUCCCAUACAAGUUUAGCACUCCCCCAUGACUAUAAUAUUACUAUAUAUACAUUAGUUCAAGAUGUUGAGUUUAUGCUUACUAUCACCAAAGUUUUAUAUAGUUGGUUUUAGCAUAAAAAAAAGUGCCGAGCACAUAAGAACAGUUACAGUAUAACAACAUUAAAUACAGUAGUCCCCCUGUAUCCAUGGGGGAUACAUUCCAAAACCUACCAUGGAUACCUGAAACUGUGGAAAGUAGCGAACCCUAUAUAUAAGUCAUUUUCCAUUUAUAUACGUACCUAUGAUAAAGUUUAACUGAUAAAUUAUUCAAAAUAACUCUAGAAUUAGUAAUUUUUUUCAAUGAUGGAAAAUAUUCAGAGAUUCUCUUAGGCUUUUGAAGAACUGCCAGCAUCACUACUUUUGCACUUUGGGGCCAUUAUUAAGCAUAAUAAGGGCUAUUUUUGGGCCAUAGUAAACUGUGGAUAACUGAAACCGCAGAUACCGAAUCAGUGGAUAUGGAGGCUCUACUGUUAUUCCUUAAAUUUAACAUAAAUCAGGAAAAGGGGAGAAUUUAUAUCUAUGAUUUUUAUAUACUAAGAAGUAUGUUGAUAAGAUAUAAUAUGCAGUUUAUGACAUCUUAGUAAAAUAAAUCACUGAACAUGUGGGGUUUAAACUCAUGGUGAGUUCUAAGCCUUGCUCACCAUGGAUUCAAAUCUCACCUGUUUCGAGAUUUGUUUGCAAUCGUGUUAUUAUGAUUUUUAUGAGUCAGUAACUAAGUUAUUUCAUCCAUCAGGACUUUAUCAGUUCUCACAACUGAUAAAGUCCCUGAUGAUGAAAUGUCUUUUCAAUAAAAUGCCAUAAAUUGUAUACUGUGUCUUAUUAACACAGAGGAAAGAAUUGCUAAAGUGAAGCCAAAGACUUAAUGAAACACAAGAACUAUAGAUCUACAAUGAAUUUAUUAGAAGACAAUAAAAUUCAAAGAAAACAUAGAGAAGCUUCAAGUUCAAAAUGUAAUUAUAAAUUUUUUAUUAAGAUUUAGAUUACAGAUUGUCUUUGCCAUUUGAGGCAAAUACAAUUAGGGACCACAGUAAACCCUCGACUUAAAGGAACUCAAUUCAACCCAUUUUGGAAAUGCUGAACCAAAUCCUCUGAAUUAAUGGAUUUGGAAAUACAUAAUGGAUUAGUUAUAAAAUUGGCCAAUAUGGUUACGAUCACAGUAAAAAAUCUCAUCUCUAUCCACCACAGUCGCCAUUACUGGCAACCUGUUUCCCCAAUUAGCCUGGUAAAUCAAAUGUUUACUCCUGUGAAACCUAAUAAAGAGUACAUGUAUAUGAAAUUUAAUGUAAAACAUUGGAAUACAUUAAAAAACUCAACUGUACUACCUUCAAGGCCCAUUUCUGCUACUUUCCAGUGAUAACUGAAAACAUUUCAUAGGUACAAUACAGGAAUACCUUGCAUAGUGCAGUUAACAGGUGCUAAGAAAAUUGCCUAUGUAAAACUGCUCUGUUUAACCCUUAAACUGUCCAAACGUACAUCUACGUCCACGUGCGGGGGGCUCCAAAUGUAGAUCUACGUCCACGUGCGGGGGCUCCAAACGUAGAUCUAUGUCCACAUGCGGGGGGCUCCAAACGUAGAUCUACUUUUUUUUUUUUUUACAUGCUUUCAAAUGGGGAAAAUCAAGGUCGGAGCGCCACACACGUGAACAUAGAUCUACGUUUGGACAGUUUAAGGGUUAAAACUGUUGUGUGUUAAAUGUAAUCCAUCAAAGCUGAAAUAAUACUGCAGCAUGCAUUAAUAUGCCUCCUGUACCCCAUACCCCGAGUACUCCUGCUGUGUGUGUGCUUAUACUGCUGCGAGUAAUGCAGUUCACUAACGCACAAUUGCUAAAAUAUAAUUUAACUAUUAAAAACUUAGAAAUUGUAAACCAUGCUAUAGCAAAACCCACACUGUUCUUAACUGCCUUAUACAAUAUGUACUUGUAUUAACUCUGAAGAACAAAAAAGCACAAUAUCAUGACUGUAACAAUAUACAAAUAACCCGCACAUAGGAGAGAAAAGCUUAUGAUGAUGUUUUGGUCCAACUUGGAGCAAAGUCAGACCAAAACAUCGUCUUCGGCUUCUCUCUCCUAUGUGCGGGUUAUUGGACCAAAGUCGGACAGAAACAUCAUCGUAAGCUUCUCUCUCUCCUAUUUGUGGGUUAUUUGUAUAUUAACUUAUGACAGCAAAGCCUCCAGUAUGCCUGGACAGUGUGGAGGAGGGUAUACCUGGGUAGUGGUAAAGUACUAGUUAAACUGAGGAAACACUGGUGUAUCAGGAGAAAAAUUAGUGUAUCUUUGCUCCUACACUGUAAAGUAUAAAGUUCACAGUAUCCACACACAUUCAUAUCAUGUGAACUCCAUUCUCACAUACAAGAGGGCCUCAUUUAUAUGGUUCUUAGGUUUCUGACCCCAUACGGCAAGCAAAAAUCACAAGAUGGAAAAGAGCAAUUUUUCAUCAUCGAAUGCAUCUAAAACACCUGAUAAUGUGUUUACACUAUCAGGUAUUAAGUGGUCAAUAGAGUUAGGCAUAAAAAAACAGAUUAAAAAGUAAAAUAAACACACAGUACAUACAAUAUUUACCUUAAAAUAUGGUUGCCUUUACCUUAUGCAACUGUUGUACAAAAAUGGUGGAAAAGCAAUAAAAACACCAAGGAUAAUAAACAAUGGCUCAACUGAAAGCCAACAAAAACAAGGAACGCUGAUAAGAGGUGCUGUAUAUGCAGGGCCCUUCUCUGUAAGUGAAUUUCUAUCACACAAAACAAUAAUUGGUUGGAAGAGGUUUGUUACACAAGUAAACUUGCAUAAAGUUAGAGAAAUAUCAAAAUCUAUUCUAUUAUUAUUACAAAAUUUACACAGGUAGGGGAUAAUCAGAUGUAAAUAAACACAAAUACAAUGUACACAAGGACCUCACUUAUAAAGAACCUAUUUUCAUUGUCGCACAUUUUCGUUAACUUUCAACCGAGUCAUCAUUCAUUAUGUUCGGUGCUUUUACCGUUCAUUCGCACAACAGUUGUAUAUGGAAAGGGCAACCAGCACCAUAUUUAAAGGUAUUUUAUGUACUGUGUAUUUAUUUUAUUAUUUUAUCUGUUUUUUUUAUGCCUAGCUGUAUAAGCACGUAAUUUACGAUAGCAUAAACACACCAUCAGACAUUUUAGAACAUUCAACAAUGAAAAAAGUUCUUUUCCACCUGCCGGCAAUUUUUGUUUACCAUACAGAGUUGGGAAGCUAAGACCCAUACAAACAGUGCCCUCCUGUAAUGAGAUCUUUCACUGACAACAUUUCACACACUCAGUGGCCUUUUCAAAUGACCAGAAGUUAUUUUCAAAAUCCCAUCUCCAACAGAUGGCUAGAUUUUGUGUGCUGGAUUCCAAGGGUUUUUUAAAUGAGUACUCUAUUAGUCAUAUCUGUCAACUACAAAACAGUAUAGGUUAAAUAAAAGGCAAACUACUGUAGUUGAUUAGAUUUGUUUUCGUUUUGCUUCAUCAACAAAUAAAACCCAUCCUUAUGGGAGAAAAUAUAAGUAGGUGACAGGAUUAAAUAAAGUUUUUAAUUAAACAAAUGAUCUGCCGGAAAAAUAUACUUCACAUAAAUAUCUGCAGACGUAAUAAAAAACUAUGCAAGAUAUGAAAUCAAAAUAUUUUUAUUUUUUUUAUUAGCACAGCCAUCUCCCACCAAGGCAGGGUGUCCCAAAAAGGAAAAACUUUUACCAUCAUUCACUUCAUCAUUGUCUUGCCAGAGGCACACUUACACUACAUUAACACCCCUCCUUCAGAGUGCAGGCACUGUACUUCCCAUCUCCAGGACUCAAGUCCGGCCUGCCGGUUUCCCAGAAUCCCUUCAUAAAUGUUACUUUGCUCACACUCCAACAGUACGUCAAGUCCUAAAAACUAUUUGCCUCCAUUUGCUCCUAUUGCCCCUCUCACACAAAACCUCCUCUAUCCCCUCCCUCCAAUCUUUCCUAGGCCGACCCCUACCCUGCCCUCCCUUCACUACAGAUUUAUACACUCUCGAAGUCAUUCUAUUUUGUUCCGCCCUCUCUACAUGUCCAAACCACUUCAACGACCCCUCCUCAGCCCUCUGGAUAAUAGUUUUGGUAAUCCUGCACUUCCUCCUAAUUUCCAAACCACAAAUUCUCUGCAUUAUAUCCACAUCACACAUUUCCCUCAGACAUGACAUCUCCACUGCCUCCAGCCUUCUCCUUGUUGCAACAUUCACCACCCAUGCCUCACACCCAUAUAAGAGCGUUGGUAUAACAAUACAGUGGACCCUCGACUAACGAUAUUAAUUGGUACCCGAGAAUGAAUAUCAUUAGUCAAGUUUUUUUUAGCGUUGGUCGAGGCAAAAUGUUAGCGUUAAAAUGUAUCGCUAGUCGGAUUUAACGUUAUAUGAUGCCAUCGUUGGUCGAGGGUCCACUGUACUUUCAUACAAAAUGACCUCAAUAAUUUGACAACUUAGAGACAAAUGACUGAUAGAAUUUAAUAUAGAUAUGAGCCACAUAAUUCAAAAUGAAUAAACCAAAAGCAGGUCAUAUGAAAAAUAUAAAAUGAGAAAACAGCCUAUGGAGUAAGUUAAAAGAAAUAAUUAGUAUUAAAGUGAUUACUUCUUAAUGAUUACAUUCAUGUAAUCAAAUGGAUCACACAAACUGUCAAAUAAAUUACAUAUAUAUGUUGUGAAGCUCUACAUAUGUAGUGUGGUGUCCUAUAUUUAAAAUAUACUACAUAAAUAAAGGCCCUAGAGUUGAAAAUGUAUGAUUUUCUUAGUCAAAAAAGGCCUUCGCUGGCAAAUAUUUGGAAGAGAGAUGUGACAACACAUAAGAUAACGAAAAAAUGCUAACAGAUCCUCCAUUAGGAGGAUACAAUUGUAGAAAAAUGUGGUGCUAAAAGCACAAUAGAAAACAUUUCUUUAUAAAUCAAGUAGUUUGUUGUAAUAAGACCCUACAAUAAAUCAAGUGGUAGUUUAUUGUAAUGAGAUCUUCCAAUAAAUCAUUCUGUAUAGUAUUCAAAAUAAAGAUAUUUAUAUAUUUUGUGCUCAACUGCAUCCAAUAUUUUACAGAAAAUAGAAAACCAAGUUUCAUUCUACUUCUGUAACUACAAUUAAUCACAGAUACAUGGGGACCUACACAUGAUGGGCAUCAAAUAACCUGUGCAAAUACACAGCACACACUUUCACAUCCAUGUACACACACGUUCAUACACAUACAUACGAUAUAUUCACUAUUCCAAAGAUGUAUGGGGCAUUCUAUAGAUUCCCAGAGUUAUAAUAUAUAUGUCGUUUGACUGGUGUCACAAGAAGGAAUUAAGUUAUACAGUGGACCCUCGACUAACGCUAUUAAUCCGUUCCUGAGAGCUCAUCGUUAGUCAAAAUUAUCGUUAGUCAAGUUAAUUUUCCCCAUCAGAAAUAAUGGAAAUCAAAUUAAUCCGUGCAAGACACCCAAAAGUAUUGAAAAAAGAAAUUUUAACAUAUGAAAUAUUAAUUUUAAUACACACAAACUGAAGAAGACAUGCACAGUUGCAUGACACUUACCUUUAUUGAAGAUCUGGUGAUGAUUGAUGGGAUGGGAAGAGGGGAGUGUGUUGAUGGUCUUAGUGUUUAGAAGGGGAAUCCCCUUCCAUUAGGACUUGAAGUGGCAAGUCCUUUUUCGGGGUUACUUCCCUUCUUCUUUUAAUGCCACUAGGACCAGCUUGAGAGUCACUGGACCUCUGUUGCACAACAUAUCUGUCCAUAGAGGCCUGUACCUCCCGUUCCUUUAUGACAUUCCUAAAGUGUUUCACAACAUUGUCAGUGCCACAAUUAAACACUAGUUCAGGUUUCAAUUCUUCACUGUCUAUGUACUCCUUGAAUUCCUGCACAUAUUUUUCAGCUGCUUUUUGGUCCAAACUGGCAGCCUCACCAUGCCUUAUCACACUAUGUAUGCCACUUUGAUUCUUAAAUCUCUCAAACCAACCUUUGCUGGCCUUAAAUUCACUCACAUCAUCACUAGUUGCUGGCAUUUUUCUAAUUAAAUCCUCAUGCAACUUCCUAGCCUUUUCACAUAUGAUUGCUUGAGAGAUGCUAUCUCCUGCCAUCUGUUUUUCGUUUAUCCACACCAAUAACAGUCUCUCAACAUCUUCUAUCACUUGCGAUCUCAGUUUUAAAAACAUAGUUGCACCUUUGGCAAGAACAGCUUCCUUGAUUGCCGUUUUCUUGGCCACAAUAGUAGCGAUGGUUGAUUGGGGUUUUGUGUACAGCCUGGCCAGCUCGGAGACACACUCUCCACUUUCAUACUUAGCAAUGAUCUCUUUCUUCAUAUCCAUAGUAAUUCUCACCCUUUUUGCUGUAGGGUUGGCACUAGAAGCUUUCUUGGGGCCCAUGGUGGCUUAUUUUGCAGGUGCAAUCACUAAAAAGGCUCUGAUAAUAUGAAAUGUUCCGAUUGUAUGCUUGGAAGCGACCGAGGUGGCUGGCUGGCUUGUAAACACUGGGCGCUCAGGCCAAAGUGGACGCAUCUCGUACGGAAUGAAUAGCGCUGGUCGGGUUUUUAAGUGCUAGUCGAGGCAAAAUUUUUGCGUUAAAAUGUAUCGCUAGUCAGAUUUAUCGUUAAUCAAUGCCAUCGCUGGUUGAGGGUCCACUGUAUAUCUAAACCAUGAAAAUCAUUUUGAAAUGCUAAGUGCAUAUAAAAUUUUUCUUUUAGAUGGGAAUUUAAAGAGUCGCUUUAAUGUGCAUUUAUAUACAGUACCUCAUUCUGUUCUCUAGUAAGUUUAUUAAAAUCAUAUCACUAAACUAUAUCUCUUCAUUAAGUUUAGAAGAAAUAUAGUUCAGAGUUGUCAUUCCAAAAUGCAUUGUGCUGUAGGGAGAUGGUAUAUUAGUAUGGUAGUCACUUCUAAUUUCAAAACCUAUUAUAACAGUGACCCAAAAUAAAAAUAUUGUGCGUGUGUGUGUGCGUGUAUGCAUACGUUUGUUUUACAUGCAUAUAUGUGUAUAUAUCUACAUUUAUGUUUGUAUGUUUGCUUUGUGUGUAUUCAUGUGUGUGUACAGAGAAGAUAGGAAUGAUAAUAUAUGUAUGGUGUGUAUGGAAACAAAAUCACACUGCCACAACCCAUACUGAAACUUCAGUUAAAAUUAUCAUUCUAUAGAGUAAUUUGUAUUUUAUGCAAUUGUAUUUAUUUCCAGUAAUAUGCUUCCUCAUUCACUUCAAAUUCAUGAGUUAGAAAAAGGGCUAUACAGUACAGCUUCUCCUCACUUAGCGACGUACUCGUUUACUGACGACUCGGACUUAUGACGGGCUCUUUGACCAGUAUGCAUACCUAAAUAAUGUAUGUAUAUUAGAGCUGAUUUCCUCUAUUCUGCGUAUUACAAUAUAUAGUACAUUACUUUAUAAACAUUUAUAAAUAUACCAGAAAUAUUAUAAAUGGUGCAAAAGUGACAUUAAAACAAUAUCAGAGAUGGUUGACACAAACCCAUUACCAUUAUAGUAUGCUCCUUACUUAGCGAAGAAUUCGUUUACCAACAUGGUCUAAGGAACGGAACUCCAUCGUUAAGUGAUUAGAGGCUGUAUAAUAUAAUCAUAAAACAGAUUAAAAAAUGACAGAUCCUUCCUAAAUAGACAUUCAUAAAGCCUUCAAAAAUCUUAGGAGUAAAACAAAGUUCUUGAAAAGGGUGUUUUAUACUGGUACUGUACAGCUCCUGGGCUGCAACCAAAGAUCUUUAAACUUUUGGUACCCCAAACCUAAUAAAUUUCACUAACAGAAAAAUAUUCAAAACAAGCAGUAGUUAAUAAUAAUAAUAAUAAUAAUAAUAAUAAUAAUAAUAAUAAUAAUAAUAAUAAUAAAUAAUAUCUUUAUUUCUAUAAGUACAUGUACAAGGUAUACAAGCUAAGCUGACACGAAUGAUGUACUACUACACAUAUGUGUACAAACAUAUAUACGUAUGUACAAACACACCCCUCUGGGAUUUCUUCUCUUUUCUUACUAGGUCUUGUUCUUGUUUAGUUCCUCUUAUCUCCAAGGAAAAAUGGGAUAGAAUUCUUCCUCCAUGAGCCAUGCGUAUUGUAAGAGACGACUAAAAUGCCUGGAGCAAGGGGCUAAUAACACCUUCUGUAUAUAUUACCAUAGUUAAAAAGAGAAACUUUUCUUUUUCUUUUUGGGCCAUUCUGCUUUGGUGGGAUAUGGCCGGUGCAUUGAAAGGAAAGGGUGAACACAGUAGACAACCGGUGUAAGGAAACACGCCCCAUGUUUCUACCCUCGUAGGUAAUUAAACCCAGACAUACACCGUGUGAAGCGAGAGCUUUUGCCACUAGACGUCGGGCCACUGUGGCUUCAUACUAUGGAAAAAUUUAGUUUUGUAGCUAAUCUUUUUCCUGCUGACAGUAAUAAAACAAAUGACACAGGUGCACAGCAAGUUUUAUUGUGAUAGUUUUCACUCAGUGUUUAACCGGGCCAGAAUAACAGCCAUGUUCUCUUCUGCUGUACUGACAGAAAUGUUCUCUGUAUUUCCUUAAACUUGGAACACUCCUGGUGUAUCGAUAACAAUUGUACAUUGAAUAAAAUGUCAGUUGUGGUGCUGAGGGGAAGGCUGAGGGUUUCCCUUCAAUCUCUCUCCCUAAGUCCAUCAAAUAUAAAAUAAUAAUACCAGGUAAUUAUAAAAACAGCCUCAAAAUAAAUUCCCUAGCGCUCUGAUCCAACAAGAUUGCCACCCCUGACAAUAAUAAUGAUAAUAAUAAUUGAGCUUCAAGGCAAGUACAAGAGAACUCUUUUCCAACCGGACUGCUAUCCCUAACUCCUAUACAGAAACUCUAGAACCAAGCUGCAAUAAAGGUUUGCUCUGUGCCUGUAAAUAUUCACCAUCUCCCUAGUUCUUGAGUAAUGAUGGUGUGCAUUCAUUAUUCACUUUUCGAUAAGAUGUGUAAAUUCAAGGAUUAUGUGGAUUAAAGUAAAGGUUGGAUGCGAAAAGUGGGUCAUAAUAAGCGUGUAUGCACCUGGAGAAGAGAAGAAUGUAGAGGAGAGAGAGAUUUUGGGAGAUGUUAAGUGAAUGUAUAGGAACCUUUGAACCAAGUGAGAGAGUAAUUGUGGUAGGGGACCUGAAUGCUAAAGUAGGAGAAACUUUUAGAGAGGGUGUGGUAGGUAAGUUUGGGGUGCCAGGUGUAAAUGAUAAUGGGAGCCCUUUGAUUGAACUUUGUAUAGAAAGGGGUUUAGUUAUAGGUAAUACAUAUUUUAAGAAAAAGAGGAUAAAUAAGUAUACAAGAUAUGAUGUAGGGUGAAAUGACAGUAGUUUGUUGGAUUAUGUAUUGGUAGAUAAAAGACUGUUGAGUAGACUUCAGGAUGUACAUGUUUAUAGAGGGGCCACAGAUAUAUCAGAUCACUUUUUAGUUGUAGCUACACUGAGAGUAAAAGGUAGAUGGGAUACAUGGAGAAUAGAAGCAUCAGGGAAGAGAGAGGUGAAGGUUUAUAAACUAAAAGAGGAGGCAGUUAGGGUAAGAUAUAAACAGCUAUUGGAGGAUAGAUGGGCUAAUGAGAGCAUAGGCAAUGGGGUCAAAGAGGUAUGGGGUAGGUUUAAAAAUGUAGUGUUAGAGUGUUCAGCAGAAGUUUGUGGUUACAGGAAAGUGGGUGCGGGAGGGAAGAGGAGCGAUUGGUGGAAUGAUGAUGUAAAGAGAGUAGUAAGGGAGAAAAAGUUAGCAUAUGAGAGGUUUUUACAAAGUAGAAGUGAUGCAAGGAGGGAAGAGUAUAUGGAGAAAAAGAGAGAGGUUAAGAGAGUGGUGAAGCAAUGUAAAAAGAGAGCAAAUGAGAGAAUGGGUAUGUUAUCAACAAAUUUUGUUGAAAAUAAGAAAAAGUUUUGGAGUGAGAUUAACAAGUUAAGGAAGCCUAGAGAACAAAUGGAUUUGUCAGUUAAAAAUAGGAGAGGAGAGUUAUUAAAUGGAGAGUUAGAGGUAUUGGGAAGAUGGAGGGAAUAUUUUGAGGAAUUGUUAAAUGCUGAUGAAGAUAGGGAAGCUGUGAUUUCAUGUAUAGGGCAAGGAGGAAUAACAUCUUGUAGGAGUGAGGAAGAGCCAGUUGAGAGUGUGGGGGAAGUUCGUGAGGCAGUAGGUAAAAUGAAAGAGGGUAAGGCAGCCGGGAUUGAUGGGAUAAAGAUAGAAAUGUUAAAAGCAGGUGGGGAUAUAGUUUUGGAGUGGUUGGUGCUAUUAUUUAAUAAAUGUAUGGAAGAGGGUAAGGUACCUAGAGAUUGGCAGAGAGCAUGCAUAGUUCCUUUGUAUAAAGGCAAGGGGGACAAAAGAGAGUGUAAAAAUUAUAGGGGGAUAAGUCUGUUGAGUAUACCUGGUAAAGUGUAUGGUAGAGUUAUUAUUGAAAGAAUUAAGAGUAAGAUGGAGAAUAGGAUAGCAGAUGAACAAGGAAGCUUUAAGAAAGGUAGGGGGUGUGUGGACCAGGUGUUUACAGUGAAACAUAUAAGUGAACAGUAUUUAGAUAAGGCUAAAGAGGUUUUGUGGCAUUUAUGGAUUUAGAAAAGGCGUAUGACAGGGUGGAUAGGGGGGCAAUGGGGCAGAUGUUGCAGGUGUAUGGUAUAGGAAGUAGGUUACUGAAAGCAGUGAAGAGUUUUUACGAGGAUAGUGAGGCUCAAGUUAGAGUAUGUAGGAAAGUGGGAGAUUAUUUUCCAGUAAAAGUAGGCCUUAGACAAGGAUAUGUGAUGUCACCGUGGGGGGUCUUGGCAAGAGGUGUGGAGUUAAAAGAUAAAGAAUCACACAUAAAGUGGGAGUUGUCACAGUUGCUCUUUGCUGAUGACACUGUGCUCUUGGGAGAUUCCGAAGAGAAGUUGCAAAGGUUGGUGAAUGAAUUUGGUAGGGUAUGUAAAAGAAGAAAAUUAAAAGUGAAUACAGGAAAGAGUAAGGUUAUGAGGAUAACAAAAAGAUUAGGUGAUAAGAACAUAAGAACAUAAGAAUGUAGGAACACUGCAGAAGGCCUACUGGCCCAUACGAGGCAGGUCCUUAUCAAAACGACAUCUACCUAAAGCUAGCCAAGAAAUAACUCCCGUACCCCAUGACACCAAUCAAACCCAGCCCCUCCCACUCAUAUAUCUGUCCAGUCUCUUCUUAAAGCUACCCAAGGUCCUAGCCUCUAUCACCCCACUGGGAAGACUGUUCCACGUAUCUACAACUCUGUUAGAAAACCAGUACUUACCUAUGUCCUUUCUAAAUCUAAAUUUAUCCAACUUAAAUCCAUUAUUCCUGGUUCUUACCUGGUUCGACACCCUCAGUACUUUAUUAAUGUCUCCCUUGUUUAUUCCCGUCAUCCACUUAUACACUUCAAUGAUAUCUCCCCUCAUUCUACGCCUCUCCAGAGAGUGGAGAUUUAAGGCUUUAAGUCUAUCUUCAUACGGGAGGUUCCUUACACAGUAAAUCAUUUUAGUCAUUCUUCUCUGUAUGUUCUCUAAUGAGUCUAUGUCCAUCCUGUAGUAAGGGGACCAAAACUGAGCAGCAUAAUCUAAAUGAGGCCUCACUAGUGAUGUAUAGAGCUGUAAAAUAACUUUUGGACUUCUGUUACUUAUACUUCUUGAGAUAAAUCCAAGUAAUCUGUUGGCCUUGUUGCGCACACUAAGGCACUGAAAGACUGGAUAUCAGAUUGGAGGGAGAGAGUAUGGAGGAGGUGAAUGUAUUCAGAUAUUUGGGAGUGGAUGUGUCAGCAGAUGGGUUUAUGAAAGAUGAGGUGAAUCAUAGAAUUGAUGAGGGGAAAAGGGUGAGUGGUGCACUUAGAAGUCUGUGAAGACAAAGAACUUUGUCCUUGGAGGCAAAGAGGGGAAUGUAUGAGAGUACAGUUUUACAAAUGCUCUUAUAUGGGUGUGAAGCAUGGGUGAUGAAUGUUGCAGCGAGAAGGCUGGAGGCAGUGGAGAUGUCAUGUCUGAGGGUAAUGUGUGGUGUGAAUAUAAUGCAGAGAAUUCGUAGUUUGGAAGUUAGGAGGAGGUGCGGGAUUGCCAAAACUGUUGUCCAGAGGGCUGAGGAAGGGUUGUUGAGGUGGUUCGGACAUGUAGAGAGAAUGGAGCGAAACAGAAUGACUUCAAGAGUGUAUCAAUCUGUAGUGGAAGGAAGGCGGGGUAGGGGUCGGUCUAGGAAAGGUUGGAGGGAGGGGGUAAAGGAGGUUUUGUGUGCGAGGGGCUUGGACUUCCAGCGGGCAUGCGUGAGCGUGUUUGAUAGGAGUGAAUGGAGACAAAUGGUUUUUAAUACUUGAUGUGCUGUUGGAGUGUGAGCAAAGUAACAUUUAUGAAGGGAUUCAGGGAAACCGGCAGGCCGGACUUGAGUCCUGGAGAUGGGAAGUACAGUGCCUGCACUCUGAAGGAGGGGUGUUAAUGUUGCAGUUUAAAAACUGUAGUGUAAAGCACCCUUCUGGCAAGACAGUGAUGGAGUGAAUGAUGGUGAAAGUUUUUCUUUUUCGGGCCACCCUGCCUUGGUGGGAAUCAGCCAGUGUGCUAAUAAUAAAAAUAAUAAUAUACAUAUAAUAUAUAUACGUGUGUGUGUAUAUAUAUAAAAUAUCAUUUUAUCUUGCAUUUUGGAGUAUUUUUACCAAACCCUGAUGUCUGGUUUAUCCUUACUAUCCAUAAGUUUCAAACAUCAUCAAUGCAUUGGUGAACAAUUACAUUAAUCUGGUUUCACUGUUCAUUGAGUUGUAAUUUACCAUAAUUUUUUUAUACAUAAAAUGUAUUGACAUGUCAAUAGCAAAAGUAGCUUGUAAAGGAUGGGUAUUUAUUUAUUAAGGUGUUAAAAUCAGGAUUAUGUACAUGCACACACAUGCUCACAAAUUAACAAAGAUUCAGUCCCUGCAACCCUGCUGGGUAGGCAAUGCACUCACCUCACACACUGCCUGUGGUUCAAUCCCCAGCUGGGUGGAAACAUUAAGCGUGUUUCCUCACACCUGCUAUUCCUGUUCACCAAGCAGUAAGUAGGUACCUGAGUAUCAGUGGACUGGUGUGGGUGGCAUCCUGAGGGACAAGACUGAAGAACCACAAUGGAAAUAAAAUAGACACCCCGAAGAAACACUGACUUCCUUGCAUUAUCCUGGGUGGCUAACCCUUCCCCAGGUAAGAUAAGAUUUUGUGUGGAUUUUUUAACCCAGAGGGUUAGUCACCCAGGAUAACCCAAUAAAAACAGACCAUCAUCGAGAGACUGUCUUAUUUCCAUUGGGGUCCUCAAUUUUGUCCCCAGGAUGCGACCCACACCAGUCAACUAACACCAAGGUCCCUACUUGUUAGGUGAACAGGAUAACAGGUGUAAGGAAACGCAUCCAAUGUUUCCACCUUCACCGGGAAUUGAUCCCAGACCUUCAGCAUGUGAGGUGAGAGGUUUGCCAGCUGGGUAGACAAAGUACAACACCAGAUAUUAGUAGAGAAAAUAGAGGAAUAGGUAGUGUUAAAAGGUAGAGUGCUCCAGUUUGUCAGGAAGUACCUAAAUAAUGGAUGAACAGGCAGUGUCAAGAGGGAGUGCUCCAAAUUGUCAGGGUAAGAUAAGAUAAGAUUUCGUUCGAAUUUUUAACCCCGGAGGGUUAGCCACCCAGGAUAACCCAAGAAAGUCAGUGCGUCAUCGAGGACUGUCUAACGUAUUUCCAUUGGGGUCCUUAAUCUUGUCCCCCAAGAUGCCACCCACACCAGUCGACUAACACCCAGGUACCUAUUUGCUGCUAGGUGAACAGGACAACAGGUGUAAGGAAACGUGUCGAAAUGUUUCCGCCCACCAGGAACCGAACCCGGGCCCUCCGUGUGUGAAGCGGGAGCUUUAGCCACCAGGCCACUGGCAGAGAGUAACAAUAAGGGAUAAGUAAUCAGAAUGGAAGAGAAUAACUAGUAGGGUCCCAAAAGGAUCAGUACUAGAACUGCUACUGUUUUUAAUAAACAUGAAUAACUUAUCAGAGGGGUUUGAGUCCUGUGUGUCAGUGUUUGAUGAUGAUAUAAAACUAAUGAGAGGAAUAAAAAUGAGAGAAGAGAGUGAUAAACUUCAUGAAAACUAACAGGGCAAAGAUGUGGUCAAAUAAUUGACCAUCUCCCACCAAGGUAGCGUGACCCUAAAAAAAGAAAAAAAAACACUUGUCAUUCCUCACAUUAAUAUUCCCACCCCUCCUACAAAGUACAAGAAAUGACUUUUAAUCCACACUGGGAAAGGCCAAAAAAAAAAAAUAAUAAUUGGUUUUCCUUUUUUUCUUUGUGGUUUGAUUAAGAAUUAACACAGUAACAGAUCUGCAACUUUUUUCUUUCAUUUCAAUAAUAACAAUAUCUAUUUCUACAAGUACAUGUACAAGGUAUACAAGUACAUGUACAAGGUAUACAAGUACAUGUACAAGGUAUACAAGUACAUGUACAAGGUAUACAAGUACAUGUACAAGGUAUACAAGUACAUGUACAAGGUAUACAAGUACAUGUACAAGGUAUACAAGUACAUGUACAAGGUAUACAAGUACAUGUACAAGGUAUACAAGUACAUGUACAAGGUAUACAAGUACAUGUACAAGGUAUACAAGUACAUGUACAAGGUAUACAAGUGCAUGUACAAGGUAUACAAGUGCAUGUACAAGGUAUACAAGUGCAUGUACAAGGUAUACAAGUGCAUGUACAAGGUAUACAAGUACAUGUACAAGGUAUACAAGUACAUGUACAAGGUAUACAAGUACAUGUACAAGGUAUACAAGUACAUGUACAAGGUAUACAAGUACAUGUACAAGGUAUACAAGUACAUGUACAAGGUAUACAAGUACAUGCACAAGGUAUACAAGUACAUGUUCAAGGUAUACAAGUACAUGUACAAGGUAUACAAGUACAUGUACAAGGUAUACAAGUACAUGUACAAGUAUACAGACCAUAGCCAACAUCAAUGACAUACUACUACAUAGAAAGCUGCUUGUUAUGCUGAGCAUUUCCCACAAAUCAGGUCAGUUUUCUCCCAGGAUGCGACCCACACCAGUCAACUAACACCAAGGUACAUAGACAACUGAUGUAAGGAAACACGCCCAAUGUUUCUACCCUCACCGGGAAUCAAACCCUGACCCUCACCAUGUGAAGCGAGAGCUUUAGCCACCAGGCCACGGGGCACCAAAACUUAACAUCCUAACAUUAUAAUUGCAUUUUACAUAAUGUAGCUCAGUUCUACCUAACUUAUUUAAGAUCAGUCUUAACUUUAGUUAAGAUUAUCUAACAUUAGUUAUUAUACUCGUAUUAAAAGUAAUAACCUGAACUGAUCGUUCAGCUCUGAUUACCAUAAAUUAUAAUAAAUUUUGUAUUGCUCUGACUGUUCUUAACCCUUAAACUGUCCAAACGUAGAUGUAAGUUCGCAGGCAAAGCGCUCCGAACGUAGAUCUGCAUUUAUUUUUACAUGAGAAACAAUGUAAAAUCGAAUGUAGAUCCACGUUUGGACACUUUAAGGGUUAAUCUGGAGCCCAGUUAUAACCUGAAAUACUUUCAAUAACAUUGGUCUUUUCCAUGUAAGAUACUCUUAUAUCAAAUAUAUCUUAUUGGAAAUUAUUAUUAUUAUUCAUGCAGCACCAGACAAGCCUGACCCAAGGCUGGGCUCUGGAAGUACAAAAACUCUUGGAACUCAUCAAAAGUAUAUCAGAGGUAUAGCCUAUUUAGAAAAACAUCAAUUUUCAAAUAAGCCAAAUUUGCAGUUCUGGCUACUACGCAUGACAGACAGACAGACAGACAGACAGACAGACAGACAGACAGACACACACACACACACACACACACACACACACACACACACACACACACACACACACACACACACACACACACACACACACACACACACACACACACACACACCCCUGCAACCUCAACUAGGUGAGUACACACACAUACAGACUGUGUGUGUACUGUAUGUGCUUUUACACCAGCCAUAAAAUAUAUUUAGAAUACAGUAAGUCUUCUACUUAUGGACAUGUUGAGAAUCUUCUAUAUUAUGUAUAUCAUCAUUAUAUCAUUAUUAUACACAAUACAGGACCCCAACAUGUUUGUAACUGAAAGAUGUCCUGUAUUAUGCAUAUUAUACAAUUCAGGAGAACCCCAAUAUGUUCCUAAGUUGAGGACUUGCUGUAAAUACAAUGUGCUUGCAUAUGUGCACAAUAUGAUAAUGUGUAAGGUAUUCACAGGAUGUAUACACGAUCAUAACUUAUGUCAGCUCACUGUAGAUUAUAUUAGUAGCCAUGUCACAUCAUUGGGUUAGUGGUACUCUGGCCAUUGUCUGGGUUAUCCUUGGUUUCUGUAGCCAUUGCAUGGGUUAUCCUGGGUUACUCUAGCCAUUAUCUAGGUGAUACUUGGUUAAUCUAGCCAUUAUCUGGUCAUCCUGGGUUGCUCUGGUCAUUAUUUUGGUCAUCUUGGAUUAUUUAGGUUAUAAUCAGGAUCACUGUAGAUUAUCCUACAUAACUGCAUCAGUAAAGUCAAGCAUCAGUCACUACAGUUUAGACAUCUAUGGUAUAUAUACAAAUAGAUGACAAUUUCUAUUUUCUGUCUAUCACAAAGCUGCAUUAACUCUGUCGUAGUUAUAUCACACUUUGUCUAAUUUCUAGCUCAUGUGUUUGGUGUGGAAGCUUCAAUUACUGAAAACAGUAAUUUCAUUGUACGAAGAACACCAAUGUGGUAACAUAGUAUGAUACAGUAAUAUACAGGGACCCCAAAUUAUGAACAUCAGAGUUAUGAUGAUGAUUGAGACAUGUGUGCAAUGCCUGGGUGAUGAUAAUUUUGAUAACGGAGAUUACCAAUAGAUCCUGGCUGUCUUCAAGAGGGAGACACUUCAAGUACCUGACCAGCCGGCUGUGGUUCGUAUGUCAGUCUGCAUGUGGCCAGCAUUAAAAGCCUGGUUGAUCAGGUCCUAAUCCACUGUGAGGCCUAGUCAUGGACUGGGCCACAAGGGCACUGACCCCUGAAAUAUCCUCCAGGUAUGAUUUAAAUGUAACAAUUGGUAAGGAUAAUAAUAUUUAUACAGUGGACCCCCGGUUAACGAUAUUUUUUCACUCCAUAAGUAUGUUCAGGUGCCAGUACUGACCGAAUUUAUUCCCAUAAGGAAUAUUGUGAAGUAGAUUAGUCCAUUUCAGACCCCCAAACAUACACGUACAAACGCACUUACAUAAAUACACUUACAUAAUUGGUCGCAUUCGGAGGUAAUCGUUAUGCGGGGGUCCACUGUAUAAUGUAGAUGUGCAGUGCUAAAGUGACUUUAAAAAGGUGACAAGUCAUAGGGAACCAACACAUUCCCGAUAAUUUCUUUUUACAAUGUAAUAAGUUAAUUAAAUGGAUUUAUUGUAAUACUGAAGGAAAUAAUAUAGGAUAAAGUAAAUCUUUUCAUGAGGAUAUUUUGCUAACGUGCGGCUUUAUCAAUUAACCCGUAAAUGGUCCAAACGUAUACAGUGGACCCCCGGUUAACGAUAUUUUUUCAUUCCAGAAGUAUGUUCAGGUGCCAGUACUGACCGAAUUUGUUCCCAUAAGGAAUAUUGUGAAGUAGAUUAGUCCAUUUCAGACCCCCAAACAUACACGUACAAACGCACUUACAUAAAUACACUUACAUAAUUGGUCGCAUUGGGAGGUGAUCGUUAAGCGGGGGUCCACUGUAUAUACGUUUUUUCAACAUUUGAAAGUAUGUAAAAGAAGUAGAUCUUCUUUUUGUUUUUAUAUAUUCGAAAAUGUGUUAAAAAACUUUGAUCUACUUUUUUUUUUGUUAUAUUUGAAAAUAUGUAAAAAAACCUAGAUCUACUUUUCUAGCACUACACAUGUGAACGUAGAUCUGCUUGGACCAUUUAUGGGUUAAAUAUAUACAUAAUAUCAGCCGGGCUGUGGUUCAUACAUUGGACUAUGUGUGGCCAGCAGUAACAGCCUGAUUGAUCAGGCCCUCAUCCACCGGGAGGCCUGGUCGUGGACCUGGCUGCGGGGGCGUUGAUCUCCGAAAUACCCUCCAGGUAGACAGUAAUGAAUUGAACUGAUAAAGCCACUGGUUAGCGAAACGUCUUCAUUUGAAGACAACCAGGCAUUUCACAUGUGUCUAAUUCAUUAUCUUGUCUGUAUUGUAUACCAUUUUUGUAAUGCUGCCUGUUACAAAAACUUACAAAUGGAGGACUUCAUAAUUAACUAAAUUUUUGCAAAUGCUGCUCUGAACAUGUGCAGGAACAUAACCAUCAUUUGCAUUGUUAUUUCUUAUGAGAAAAUAGGUUCUGGGUUACAACUUGUAAGUUGGAACACAAUAACUCGUUUGUCUGUUGGGGAUCUCCAAUAUCUCUCAUACAGAAUAUAUGGAAUAUGAUGAAGUACAGAAAACUGUUUAUUUUAAUAAAAGCAUUAUAUAUAAUUAUUUUAAAAUACAGUACUGAAUACAGAUUUUUUUAAAUAAAUCUGAAGAACAUAGAAUUCUGAAACCAAAAUAUAAAAAGUGCUUUCUCUUGUUAAGAAAAAUUGAUUCUUCUGAAAUUUAAACUCAAAUCAAAUUUUUUUCUUAUUAAAAUAGUUCAUGACUUUGUAAAUCAUGAAAUAUUUUAAAUAUUUAUUUUCUGACUUAUUCUGAAAUUCCUAAGUACUGCUAGUGUAACAUUAUUCUGACUGAGAGAGAGAUUACUGGUACAUUUUAUUCCAAGAUUUACCCAAGGUAUGGGAAAGUUUAAGUACCUGGUAUAUCAUUAUGUUUGAUUUACUCAUGUUAAUUUACUUGUAAUUCUUGUUAACGAGUGGUAUGAGUGGAUGGUGUCACCAUAAAUCAUUUGAGAAGAUAAUUUCUGGCAUUCAUUUAUGCACUCUUUCUCACAUGUCAGUAUAAUGAGUGCGACAUGAUCGCAAAAUUGAAAGUGAAGUGGAAUUGCAUUAAAGAUGAUUUAAUUGUCAUUUGCAAUGUGAAAAUGACUUUUAUUGACUCAAUAUACUAAUCACUGUUUGUGUCACCAUGCAUUUUCAGCAACAGGGAUGAUAUUUGCCAGUCAUUUUGUAAUCUGUGAUUUCUACUAGUUCAUGUAUGAAGGUGUUGCUCAACAGCCACAGGGAGAGCAGACAGAAUGAUGGAGACAAACGUAGGUAAAUAGGUACUGUUUUUUACGUCUUAGAGCGGGGUCCCCAACCUGCAGCCCACGGGCCACAUGUGGCACUCCUGGGAAAUGAAUGUGGCCCCUCACAUGAAAUUAUGAAUUCACUUUUAUGUAGGUUCCACAUUGCACAGUGUCAACAAGACCAUGCGACUCUCAUCACACACUAAACCAUCAAAUGUAGUCCACUUGUGUAGGAAGGUUGACGAUAACUAUUUUAGGGAGUACCUAACAACGUGUAGAUAUUUUUUAACACCUCAAUCAUUUCCUACUAAGGCACCAGGAUACAAUGGAGGGAAACAGUCAUCAUCACUAAUAUCUUUGCUGUCUUUCCGGAAGAGCUUGGACUCAUAGUCUCAAUGAUUCACUGAAAUGCAACAUCUUAUUACCUCCAGAAUUUAAAUUUGGAUAUUUAGCUUCCCUGAAUUCCUUUAUAGAUGUUAACUGAUUCAUACUCCAACAGUGAUUCAAAUCCUGAAAUUCCCUUGUCUCUACUUACUCUGAUCUAACACACACUUAUAGUUAAAGUAGCAGAAACAGACUAGGAAAUGCUUUUUGUAACGGUAAAGAUUUAAAAAGCAACUAGUGUGUAGGAUGAGGAUGGAAUAAAAUGAAACUUUCCAUCAGGAUAAAAUGAUAAUUAUACAGAGUUCUGCUGAAGUCUGCUGUAGUAUGAGAAGUAUUAAUAGUAAUUUAUAUGCAUUUGGUGAUUGUACAGUAUUCAUUUUAGAUAUGAGCAGUUACCAUAUUCCAUGUAGGUCAGUUGCUAACAUUUAUAGUUUUUAAAAUUUGGAUCAACAUUGUUAGGAAGGACUCCACAAACUGUUUGCUCUCCAGUGUUGCUCUGUUCAGAAAUAAUCCACCUUAGUAACCUUCGAGUCUGAGGGCAAGAACCACGACACCAAUGUAUUCUUUAUUCCAUUUUGUACACCCCAUAAAUGUGUGGAUGAAAAUGUCUACACAUCAGUGUAACCUUAUAUAAAGGUAAGCUGUACAGUGUAAAACUGCUGACGAUGUUUCUAUAUGACUGAGGCCAUUGCUUGAUAGUCUUAUGUGUCAUUUAAGUCAUAUGUAAUUACAGAUUAAAGUUAUAAUGCGUGUGACUAGAGGAGUGGCCUCACUUUUAUAUUUAGCCUUAACAUACUAUUUAUACAACUUCUACUGUCUGUCGUAGUAUUUAAAUGUUUGAGUCGUAGUACAGUAAAUGAAUCGGGGAGGAUAUCCAAAGAGGACAAUUACAUGCAUAUGAUUUUGUAAUUAAAAUCAAAAGUUGUGUGAAACUACUGCUGUUCGCCGUCCCCAAGAUGUCAUUGUAAUGUUGGACAUUCACAUAAAAGCUUAUUGUGAAGGCAAUUUACAUGUU